UUUCCUGUUUCGACCUUUCUAAAGUGAACAGCAAAAACUAAACUGCUGAGCUCUCCUCAUAUUAAACGCUAUGGCUGCAGGAAAAUACAGAGCGUUUCUAUUUGGUCUUUUCGCAUAUACAAUGUCAUUUAUUGGUAUAGGAAAUGUUGCUGUUGGUCUACAAGGACCUACUAGUAAUGUCUGUCCUAAGAGGAUCAGCAUCGUUCAGUUCUACAAACAAUCCUAUCAAUACACAAGAAAAGUUAGUUAUACAACGUCAUGUGGUUUUUUGGGAUGGGGAAGAUGCACACGUUACAGGACAGCAUAUGGUGUCAAGUAUCGUGAAGCGACAAGACAAGUUUACAAGAUGGUUGAUGAAUGCUGCAAGGGAUGGAAGCAAAAGGGGGACAAGUGUUCUGAAGCAAUUUGUAGUCAAAAGUGUGACAAAGGAACUUGUGACAAGCCUGACUUUUGCAAGUGURAUCCUGGGUACUAUGGAAAGCUGUGCGACAGAGACUGCCSGCCACACAAGUGGGGCGCCCACUGCAAGCACGACUGUCUAUGUAAAAACAACGCUAAAUGUUCACCUCACACUGGCGACUGCACGUGUACCCCAGGGUGGGAGGGAAAGUACUGCGAUAAACCAUGUAAUCAAGGUUACUAUGGAGACAAGUGUCAAAGUGUAUGCCAAUGUCAAAAUGGUGCUCACUGUGACGUCAUUAGUGGGAAUUGCACAUGCGCACCAGGAUAUCAAGGGCUGAGAUGCGAAUUCAAGUGCCCGGCAGGUGUUUAUGGUCAAGACUGUGCUUUCCAGUGYGCAUGUCAAAAUGGUGGUGCAUGUGGACACGUGAAUGGCACGUGCAACUGUACUGCUGGUUGGACCGGUGACAUCUGCAACCAAAAGUGUCCUGAGGGUACAUACGGCUACCGCUGUGCAAAGCAGUGCUUAAAUUGCAUGCAUGGAGCUACGUGUGACCACGUGACUGGUGUCUGCGAAUGUAGGCCUGGUUACACAGGAGACAGAUGUCAAGAUACUUGUCAAGGAGGGUCGUAUGGACUCAAAUGUUUAAAGAAAUGCGCAUGUCAGAACAACGCAACCUGUUCACCCAUCGAUGGCUUCUGUAACUGUACCUCAGGGUUUACCGGCGUGCAUUGCGAGAGACAAUGUCCUGAGAGUGCUGGUGGUCUAGACUGUAAGGUUCAAUGUAACUGUUCGCAGUGGGGGACGUGUAACCCGUUUACGGGUGUUUGCGCCUGUCAACCAGGGUACAUCGGCAAAUCAUGCUCCUCGCAAUGCCCUAUGGGAAACUAUGGCCCAGGAUGCACUGGGAACUGUACUUGUCAAAAUAAUGGUACAUGUCAUCGAGUUGAUGGGUCAUGUGACUGUCAACGGGGAUGGACUGGGGUCGAUUGUAGCAAUCCUUGCCCAGCUGGUUACUAUGGUAGCAACUGUCAAUCAAAGUGUUUGUGUCAAAACAUGGCUUCUUGUGACCCGGUGACUGGCAGAUGCUCUUGUAUUGGUGAAUGGCAAGGCGAUUUGUGUAAUAUUCGUAAAAAAAUGAAUAUGUUUAUUGUCCUUAUUUUAAUUCUAACAGCAUGUCCAGAAGGAAAGUACGGACAAGAUUGUUCACAGACAUGUCUUUGCCAGAACAACGCAAAGUGUGACGCCAAGGAAGGCCAGUGCGCAUGUCUGGAAGGAUUUACAGGAAGACAUUGUGAUGAAAGGCUAACCACCGCUGCAACGUUAACUGGAGAUACUGGUGGUCAGCGGGGAAAACAAUCGACAGGCCUAAAAAAAGCCCUGGUCGGAAUCGGCGUUUCUCUCGCCGUCGUAGUGGUCAUCGUGUUUAUCAUAUAUGUGUACUGGAGAAGAAAGCGUGGUCCUGAGAACAGAGGGAUACUAAAAGGUUGGACAUUAAGAAGAUUGGUAUCAACGAAAAGAGCUGGUCGCGAUUCGAUAGGUGGUGGCUCAGCAGACAUUAGCAUGAAUCCCAUAUACGAUGACGCAACAGACACAAAACCGCGAACCAGUACUGAUCGAUGUGUUUCUAACCCUGGUUACGACAUGACCAUAUCAGCCAAUAGGAAGUCAGAUCUUUCAUCGUCACCACACCAAUCAGACAAUCCUUUGUACGAGUCUUCAACACAGGUAACCCAAGGUGAAAAUCCUAUCUAUGAGGGAUACGAGGACAAUCCACCUUUGCCUCAACCAGGAUCUCACACUGGAAUGAACCCCAUUUAUGAUGGAAUCCCSGCAGAUUUCUGUGGUGGACCGCCAGCAGARGCUUAUGGGAUGUCAAAUCCAAACMUUGAAUACGAAACUCUUCCAACCGAUACUGCUUGUAAUCCUAUUUAUGAAAUGGGAAAUUCUARUCCAGCGGUUGAUCCCAUUUAUGCAGAAGCAAAUAAUGAUGAGCCUUGCUAUGAGGUUGUGACCGGAAGAAGUGACACCGGAAGUGAAGCCCGCAUUAAUCCAAUUUACCAAGAGAGUUCAUUAGUCAAURCGGAAAGAAAACCAAGAUCRUUGUCUCUCAAUCGUAGUGAGCCUACAUACGCGAAGCUYGGCGACGACGAAGCGAAUCAUACCGAAGAUUCUCCGAAAGGUCUCCGAAAACGAACCGAAUCUAAGUCGAAGAUGUACGGAAACAACACUGAUAGUCGUGAUGAUGAGGUUCCUYUUAGCAAUGUCUAUGAUAACGAAGGUUUGGACGUUAUGAAUGAGCUGUAUGGGAGGAUUAACCACGACAAAACAACUUGAUACACAAUUUCUUUCUAUCUUGACAGAACUCGUAAAAAAACUCCUUUUUUUCAAAUUUUAAGCACGUUAAUUAUUUUAGYAAGAGCAAGACGAGCGUGUCGUGAAAAAUAUCUUAACUUGUGCGGUAGCAAUAACUAUUUGAAGUUGCCGUUUCGGUAUCGCACAGCGGUUAUCUAUUGUUUGUGAUGUCAUAUUCAUUGAAUUCGGCGCAGCGUACGUUAAGAACGAAUUCUAUUGAUGAAGCCCACAACACGCUUCUGGUUGAUUCGCGCUUCCAAGUUGUCGCAUGCGACAUAUAUAAACGAAURAAUUAUCUCAAAGGCGAUGAAAUAUGAGAAAUAAAAGUCCAAGUUGUCGAGAAACAAGUGAAGUUCAAGCAGUCGAGAAAACACUGCUCUUUCGAUUUACAACAAAACCGUYYAUCCAACUUCUCUUARAACGAAAAUCGCUACUUUCUAAUGAUGGUUGAUACGCAAAGUCACAGGAUCGUUCUGCAACAAAUUUGCUGGUCACCAGGUUUYUUUUUACUUCUCGCUCAGCAUUUCGCGGGGUUAAUGCGGWCGCCAUCUUGAUUACAAUUUUUUGUUUUCGAACUUCACUAUGUACAAAACCGAUUUGGACGACAAGUUUGGACGUUUGAUUCUCGUCUUUCGCUGUCGUAGGGAGAUCUUAAGAACCUUUUUAAUACAAAAAAAUGAUAAAAAAGCAGCUCAAACAUGCACAGCUGAAAUAAUAAGUCAUUUUAACACAUUCGGUGUAUCAAAAAUCUAUACAUGUUUAUAACAGUAUAACAAUACAAAAAUUGCAUUAUUGUAUCAAUUAAUGGUAAUAUCUAUUAUAUCUGUAAAUAAGUAUAUUAGUAAUGUGUAGAAAAAGAAGAUAGGUACGAUUUUGUAUGGUUUUKAAUUUAGUUGAUAAAUAAGAUAAAUAAGGAAUAUCUAGUGUGUUAUUUUGUAAAAGAAAUCUGAGCUAAAAUUAAAAGAGUUGUAAUGAGAGUUAAGGAUACUAGACGAUAAGUGAGAGUGGACAGACCAUGCAAAAUGUUUCAGCAAGGCUGUAGUGACUAGUGCAGAAAAUAACAUUCACACUUUUAUUUGUAAUAACUUCUUUCAAAUAAACUUAUCUAACUCUUUAUGAAACAUA